UGCAAUGCUGCAACCAUAACAACCACGAAGAAGAGUGUCAAAGAUUUGUUUCUUUAGCGUCCCAGCAAUAUUUUCUUCUUUAAACUGGCUUCUAAGCAUAUUGCACCUAUUUUAAAGCGCUAUGGAUGAAAAGGUUUUAGAUCCUACCGCAGGGGAUGAUGGGUCAGAGGCAGAGGCCGGUGCAUCGUCAUGUUUGGGAGCCACUGGAGGAUCAUCUGCUUCCCGUUUGGAGUCGCAGCUCCAGGAUGCCGUUCGGUUAAAGACGGAGGGGAAUGCAUUCUACCGGGAGAAAAAUGUGCGGACUGCCAUCGGACGUUAUCAUCGUGCUUUGCUCGUCCUCCGUGGUCUGGACUCUGAGGUGAACUCUGUCCUGCAAGGGUUUGGGGCUCAGGUGCCUAAACUGAGCCAGAAGCAGGAGGACCUACUGAGGAGCACUCAAGUAGAUUGCUAUAACAAUUUAGCAGCAUGUUUGCUACAGCGCGAGGUGGUGGACUAUGCCCGUGUGUUAGAAUACAGCCUGAAAGUGCUCCAGUGGAGGUCAGGUGACAUUAAGGCCCUCUACAGAGCUGGGGUGGCCUCAUUAGAACUGGGUGAUGCUCAGACUGCUCGACAUUACCUCAUACAAGCCAGCAGGGGGAAACCUAACGAUCCUGAUGUAAAGAAACAGCUGCAGCGAGUGGAGGAGAGACUCAGCCAAGACUACCAGAAAGAGAAGGCGCUGUACAAAGGCAUGUUCAGCAAGCAGAAACAGGGUGAGGAGCAGUUAGCAGAGGAGAAGACCCAAAAAUUGGACUGAAUGGACAAAUCACGACUUAGCAGGAACAUGCAUCAAGUAAAUUAAGCUUGAGCUGACAUCAAGAAGAAGGUGGGAUGUUUUGCUUCAGGGCAUGGAUAAUUUGCUACACAUGCCAUUUACCGGUGUUGAAGGUCCAGCAGCAGGACUGAAUGUAUGGCUGAAAUCUGGUGCAACGUGGCAGCUUGAAUGAGAAUUUGAAUGCACUUAAUAUGCAUUGUAUUGUAUGGUUAAUGCACUGUCUAGCUGCUUGUUUUGCAUUCAGUUUCUUCCAGCUGUGGGUCUCUUUUUUUUUAUUUUUUUCCACAUGAAAGUUCUUGUCUUUUGUUCAUCCUAAUAAAUAUUUUUGAAAGAACUCUAUGCAUAAUUUAUUUGAAACAGUGCACUCAAAAGCUGUUGUUAGAUUGGUAAUGGCUUAUGCUAAUAUGAUUAUGGAAAUGCUGUGAUUUAAUCUAAGUCUAUGACAGCAGAUUUUUGUAUGUGAGAUCUCACGUAAUCCUAUUGCACUACAAAACACUUCACUCAGCAAUAGCACAACAUAUGCCAAGCAAAUCAAUAAGGAUCCUUUUAAAUUGGAAAUACUUUUAUUGAUUUUUUUUUCAUCAUGUUUCAGCACAAUCAUUUCAAAUUCUCUAUUUUUUUUUUUCAAAGUCCUGAGCAUAAGUUCAAACAACAUCUUUUUGUAUUUGGUCAGCAUAUACUUUAGAGUGCUAUGAACAGUGCAUAUGUUCAUAGUAAAAACAACACCAGCAC